AUGUCUGACCUUGUAGAGCCGGACUUUGUCGUCUCGGGUCAACCGUCAAACCCUUUUGCAGAUGCGAACAUGAGUUCCCUCCCGACGUCUGGACGUGGUACCCUCGACGAACCCAUCACUGAGACACUCAAACGAGACCUAUUGCAGAUCAAUUCCAGGCUAAAGGAGGUGGUAUACCCUCAGUUCCCACUCCGAUGGAGAAGUGCAGGGGAACGUAAUAACGAUCCGGAAUGGACGCUCCCAGAUGAUAACGGCAUCUCUGCGGUCCAGAAAGACCACUGUGCCGACCUUUGGGCUCCGCUUCUAUUCACAAUUGCAUUUAGCGUGGCCCUUUCGCGUGCUUCCGACCAGUUUUCCCGUAUUUUCGUUCUCUCCUGGGCCUCGCUCGCAAUCUUGGCUGUCCACUUAACACUCGGUAGCUCCAAAGACAGUGGCAAACUCGCGUUUUUAACAGCAGUCUCUACUUGUGGCUACUGUUUCUUUCCGCAAGUUAUCAAUGCUAUUAUGAGCUCAUUGCUACUCCCUCUGAUCAUGUCAUUUAUUGGCAACGAGCCGUUGAAAUUCCGAGUUUUGAUUAUUGCACGACUCGCGAUUUUUUUUGGAUGUGCCUUUUGGUCCUGCCAGUCUUGUUUCAAGGCUUCCAAAGCCGAGUCCUUCUUAGAUCGGUUUCCACUAGUGCAAAUAAUGCUGGUUUUGAACUGGACUUGCGUGGUUGCCUGA